GCGGCUAAUUAGCCCUUCCCUUCGUGCCUGUGUAAUGAAGCACAUGCGCACUGAAUUAAUCACAGCCAUUUUUUGCAGGAAACUAAUUAGCAGGAAUAAAGAUCCAAAGAGUUUUUUCUUUUCAAUCAUCAGAUCUCACUUUCACCUCUUCCUCGCUCCCUCUAACACAAGACUCAUCGCCUGCUUUGCAUCCAAAUUAUUUUUAUAUUGCCUUUAACAACUAAUAAGGCUACUUCGGUUUUUUACACUCCGCAACAACAAUGAUCUUUCUUUUGCCACCCUAAGCGCAAACUGACCAAAAGGGGACUGCCUUGAUGGGAUCUUUAGCUAAAUCAUCUCAAUACUGGAUUAAAAAGCGAGGAUCACAAAGCGGCAGCGAGAAAUUGCCUGGAUGCGAUGAACGCCUCAUGUAGGCAUCAGCAUGGACAGCUGUGAGUCUCCUGUGGUUUCUGGGACAGACGAUGGGCUCGGCUCCUCCCAGCAGCAGCAACCACCACAGCCCUGGAACGAUCACUCUAGCUCACAGGUCCCUUGCACUAACCAGGCCCCUUCCCUGGACCCCCUAUCUCUCUCUGCUCCCUACCCUUCUCAACCCCAAAACCCCUGUGCACCUCAUGAAGGGGUGAGAGAACUACAGUCCCAGCAGCAGCAGCCAAAUCAGACAUCACCCCAGGCCCACCGUGGUAUCUCUGCCACUGGCCAGCUGCAUCCCACAAGAGAGGGUCUUGAGGAAGAAGAGCAAGAGGGAGUAAGCUGUGGAGAAGAGGAAGAAUCUGAGGAUUUAGAUGAAAUGGAGAUUGACAGCUGUUUCCCAAGUCUUCAACCCUUUCCUGGGGUGCCGAUGGCUACAGGUGGAGGAGGCCUGCCCAGUCUUUUGCGACAUCAGCCCUCACGACCGCAGGGAGCACCUGAGAGUGGAAGUGAGGAAGGAGAGGAGGAAGAGGAAGAGGAGAGUAGUGAUGUGGAGAACCUGGCUGGAGAGAUAGUCUACCAGCCAGAUGGCUCAGCCUACAUCGUAGAGAGCCUCAGUCAGUUGAUCCAAAGUGGUGGGGGCAUGGUACCCAACCUGCUAACCACAAACUCUCUCACCAGUGGAGUAAAACCAGGGGAACCUGCCGGGACUUCAUCCUCGGUCUACCCUCACAUCAUCAACACGUUCCACAUAGCCUCGUCCUUCGGGAAGUGGUUUGGCAAUUCAGACCAAGGUUUCCCCAAUACCUCAACCAUGGCAGGCCUCAGCCCUGUCCUGCACAGUUUCCGUGUCUUCGAUGUGCGGCACAAAAGCAACAAGGAUUACCUGAACAGCGAUGGGUCUGCCAAGAAGUCCUGUGUAUCCAAAGAUGUUCCCAACAACGUGGAUUUCUCCAAAUUUGAUGGGCUAGCUCUAUAUGGCAAGGGUAAGCCCAUUUUCAUGUGUUUUCUCUGCAAGCUGUCCUUUGGUUAUGCUCGUUCCUUUGCUACUCAUGCUGUCCAUGAUCACCGCAUGACACUGUGUGAGGACGAGCGGCAGCUGCUAGCAGACAAACAGGCAUCUGCCAUCAUCCAGGGCAUUGGGAAGGACAAAGAGCCCCUCAUCAGUUUCCUGGAACCAAAAAAUAAGAGCACUCCUCUGCCACCUACCCUGCUCCCCAUUAACUCCAGCCAGAGCUUCUAUGGUACAUUUAGUGGUGUCCAUUUGGAGCCUGGAAGCAGCAGCAGGGACAGCGAGAGCCUUCUCAAUAAAGACUCUGACUCUGGCCCCCACCAACAGCAGCAGCAACACACACCGCUAAGCUCAGUCCUUUCUCUUGGAGGGCUGAGCAUUCCCAAUGCAUCCUCUCUUACCUCAUCCCCAGGCUCUGCCAAAGACUCCAGUGCCCUGCCCAAUCAAGGAGGGAGAACAGAGGAGCCUGCAGGGAAAGAGUUGGCAUGCAAGGGUGAGGAUGGGGACAAUGAGGGACAUGAAAACCUAUCGAGCCAGAUGGGGGCCUCGGAAGAAGAAGAGGAACUGUUAUUAGGGGAAGACGAAGACGAGGUGGAGUCAGAAAGCACUGCAAAGGCCUGUGGUGGUAACAGUAGCAGCGGCGGGGGUGAAGUGGGGGAACCAGCUGUCUCAAACCAAAGCAUUUCCAAAUCUCCUUUAUUAAUGCCUAGUAGCGCUCUCCAGCCUUCUGCCUGCACCUCUGCAGCCAAUUCCACACUCAACAGCAAAGACCCUGCUUCCACUUCCCCCUCUGUCAAGAAAGUGUGUUUAGCUGCAGACGGUGGGGAGAGGACCUCAGAGCUCCCUCUGAGCUUUAACUGCCAGGGACCCACUGUUCCCACGGCAAUUGCGGCAGCUGCCGUCAGAAGGAGCGAUGAUGACACUGCUGGCACUUCCUCGUCACCUCUGUCCUCCAAUGCUGCUGCUGAUGAAAGUGCCAAUCGAGAUAGUGCCACAGCUCCAGAACCAAAUGAUUGCUCGGCAGAGGGAGAGGAGGAAAAUGGAGCCCUUCUGCACCAUCACCACAUGCACCACCAUCAUCAUCACCUCCACCCUUCAUCUCAAGGCCACUCCCACCUCUUCCCAGGGGGCUCCUGUGACAUAACAGGGAUGGGUGAGUGUUCACAGAACCAUGGGCCUGGUGGCAGCGGAGGAAGUGGGGUAGAAUGCCCUAAAUGUGACACCGUUUUGGGUUCUUCACGUUCCUUGGGUGGUCACAUGACCAUGAUGCAUUCACGCAACUCAUGCAAGACACUCAAGUGUCCAAAAUGCAACUGGCAUUACAAGUACCAGCAGACGUUGGAGGCCCACAUGAAAGAGAAACACCCAGACUCUGGAGGCUCAUGUUCGUACUGCACCAGUGGUCAGAGCCACCCUCGUCUGGCUCGUGGAGAAAGCUAUACCUGUGGAUACAAGCCCUUCCGUUGUGAGGUGUGUAACUACUCAACCACCACAAAGGGCAACCUAAGUAUCCACAUGCAGUCGGACAAGCACCUGAAUAACAUGCAGACACUACAGAAUGGAGGCACUAUUGGCACUGGGCAGGAGCAGGUGUUUGGACAUACCCCAGGAGGAGUAGUGGCUGUCCCCUCAGUGACCCAGGCCAGUAGCCAUCACCCUCCUCACCACCAUCCUACACAGUCCUCCACCCAUAUGGCUGUAUCGUGUGGGGCCCCCUCCCCGACCAAGCCAAAGAGCAAACCUACUUGGCGGUGUGAGGUAUGUGACUACGAGACCAAUGUGGCACGGAACCUGCGUAUACACAUGACCAGCGAGAAGCACAUGCACAACAUGAUGCUGCUCCAGCAGAAUGUGACUCAGAUGCAGCAUGGCCGACUUGGCUUGGGAGCCAUGCCUUCACCUUCGGAGGCUGAGCUGUACCAAUAUUACCUGACCCAGAACAUGAGCCUUCCACCAGGCCUCAAGAUCGACCCAGCUGGGGCUGAGGCCCAGUUCCUCAUGGGGAGCUUUCACCUUGAUCCCAACAUUGCCUCCCUGGCCCCUGCACUUGUAGGUGGGGAGAUCCCUAUGGACGUGCGGCUGGGUGGUGGGCAGUUGGUGUCCGAAGAACUGAUGACCCUGGGAGAAAGUCUAUCACAAUCCAGCGACCCCUCCCUUAAGCUCUUUCAGUGCGCUGUAUGCAACCGCUUCACCACUGACAACCUGGAUGUGCUUGGCAUGCAUAUGGGAGCUGAACGCAGCCUACCGGAGGAGGAGUGGCGUGCUGUGGUGGGCGACUCUCACCAGUGCAAGUUGUGCCACUACACCACUCAGCUCAAGGCCAACUUCCAGCUGCACUGCAAGACAGACAAGCAUGUGCAAAAGUACCAGCUUGUGGCCCACAUCAAAGAAGGGGGCAAAGGCAAUGAAUGGCGACUGAAAUGUGUGGCCAUAGGCAACCCAGUGCACCUGAAGUGCAAUGCCUGCGACUACUACACUAACAGCCUGGAGAAGCUGAGGAUGCACACUGUCAAUACCCGCCAUGAGGCAAGCCUCAAACUCUACAAGCACCUGCAGCAGCACGAAAAUGCAGUGGAGGGUGAUGCCUGCUACUACCAUUGUGUGUUGUGUAACUACUCAACCAAGGCCAAGCUCAACCUGAUCCAGCAUGUGCGCUCCAUGAAGCACCAGCGCAGUGAGAGUCUCAGGAAGCUUCAGCGCUUGCAGAAGGGCCUGCCGGAGGAGGAGGAGGACCUCAGCUCCAUCUUCACCAUUCGCAAAUGCUCUUCUUCAGAUACAGCAGUGUCUGGCCAUUCUGAACGGCACCAGUCAGAUUCUCCAAUCCCUUCCAAAAGGCCCUCUUCGCGGUCAGAGACUUCUGAGAGCCCGCUCUCCUCAAAGCGUCCCAGGACAACUGAGAAGAGUGCUGCGGAGCAGAUGUACCAGUGCCCCUACUGCAAGUUCACUAACACAGACCUGAAUCGUCUCAGAAUGCACGUGAUGACGCAGCACUCUGUCCAGCCCAUGUUACGCUGCCCAUUGUGCCAGGACAUGCUCAACAACAAGAUCCACCUGCAGUUUCACCUCACACACCUCCACAGCGUGGCUCCUGACUGUGUGGAUAAGCUUAUUGCCUCAGUAACAGCAUCUGAAGUACUGCCAACAAGCAUGUUUAUACCUGUACCUAGUCCAGACAGAGAGUCCCAGAGCACCCUUCAUGCUACAGCCAACUCCAACUCUGAAGAUGCAAAGAAGCAAGCUGAUGCAUCAGAUGCUGAUCAAGAAAAGGGUGUGUCACUCCUUACAGAUAUAGCUGAAGCUCGCAAGUCACCUCUGGAAGAUCAACCGUCGGAGAGGGAUGAUGCCACAGGAUUCCUGUGCUGGAAGAAAGGCUGUAAUCAAGUGUUCAAGUCCUCCAACUCUCUCCAGAUGCACUUCAAUGAAGUUCACAACAAAAGGCCCCAAUUGCCUGUUUCAGAUCGCCAUGUGUACAAGUACCGCUGUAACCAAUGCAGUCUGGCCUUCAAGACUGUAGAGAAACUACAGCUCCAUUCACAGUACCAUGUGAUCAGGGCAGCCACCAUGUGCUGCCUCUGCCAGCGAAGCUUCAGAACACUACAGGCCUUGAAGAAACAUUUAGAAACCAGCCACUUGGAGCUGAGCGAAGCUGAUAUCCAGCAGCUUUAUGGGGGCUUAUUGAUGAAUGGUGACAUUAUGGUAAUGGGUGACCCAUCCCUUGGAGAGGAGCAUGGAAGUCUGGGAGAAGAUGACAAAGAGGGAGAUGAAAGUGACUUAGAGGAAAAACAAAGCCCAACAGGCAGUGACUCCGGUUCACUACAGGAGGAUUCUGGAUCUGAACCUAAACGUGCUUUGCCAUUCAGAAAGGGUCCUAACUUUACCAUGGAGAAGUUCUUGGAUCCGUCUCGACCUUUCAAGUGCACUGUAUGCAAAGAGUCUUUUACACAGAAGAACAUUCUUUUGGUUCACUAUAACUCAGUCUCCCACCUGCACAAGGUGAAGAGGGCUCUUCAGGAGUCCACUACUGGCCAGCCUGAGCCUACCAGCAGCCCUGACAACAAGCCAUUCAAGUGCAGCACCUGUAAUGUGGCAUAUAGCCAGAGUUCUACUCUGGAGAUUCACAUGCGCUCUGUUCUACACCAGACAAAAGCUAGGGCAGCCAAGCUUGAAGCAGCAGGAGGGAUCCCUAGCUCUGCAAGUGCAACUGGUUCCAGCAUCAGCACUUCAACAUCUAGUCCAAGCUCAGCCAUCAACUCAACUACUAGCUCUACAAAUCACAGUUCUUCUGGCUCUAAAACAGUUCAGAGUAUUCUUGGAGGAAACCAAAUGGGCCAGACUCACAGCAUUGAAAGCCUGGGGAAUUCUUCGGUGAGCUGCUAUUCCUCACCAUCUGAGAACCAUGAAUUAAAAAAGUCUAAAAUUUCCGACAUGCUGUCUGCUAGACAACAACAACAACAACAUCAACAACAUCAACAACAUCAACAACAACAACAACAACAACAACAACAACAGCAACAGCAGCUUCAGCAACAACAGCAGUUAGCUCAGGCUCAAGCCCAAGCUCAAGCCCAGCUUCAGCAAGAGCUCCAGCAGCAGACUGCUAUUUUACAAUCACAGCUAUUUAACCCAGCCCUUCUGCAGCACUUCCCAAUGACAACUGAUGCACUUCUCCCCCUGCAACAACAGCAGUUGCUAUUCCCUUUCUACAUCCCUGGAGCAGAAUUUCAGCUGAACCCAGAGAUCAACAUCAGUAACUCAGCACUUGGCCUAGCAGGAUCCUCCACCUCCUCACUGUUGGAAGAUCUGAAAAACUCAGCCCAGCAGAGUUGCUUGCAGCAGCAAUUGAUGCACCACCACCUUCAGCAGCAACAUCAACAACAACAACAACAGCAGCAACAACAGCAGCAGCAACAACAACAGCAGCAACAGGCUCACUCACAGGCUCAGGGCCAGAUGGCAUUGCUGCAGCAGAGUGUAGCUCUUCUUCAGCAGGCUGAAAAAAAGCAGAGACCUUCCUCCUCUCACAAUGAGAAAGACAGAGAACUACAAAGAGAGAAGGUCACAAGUGAAAAAAAUGAGGAUUAUGUUAACAAAGAUUCUACAGACAGUAAGCCAAGAGAAAAGAAGGACAUUCAGCAUAUUUCAAUAAACAUAAACCAUGAUACUGGCUUGCCCCCAAGGAUUGCUUCAGAUGCUCGAGGAAAUGCAACCAAAGCCCUGCUGGAAAAUUUUGGGUUUGAGUUAGUAAUUCAGUACAAUGAAAAUAAACAGAAAGCUCAGAAAAAGACAGCUGGACCUGCAGGAUCAAGUGGUCCAGGUGGGAUAACAAGAGUGGUGGACCCCAUUGAGGGAUUAGAGAAACUGGAAUGUGAAGCCUGUGGCAAGCUGUUUUCAAACAUACUGAUUCUAAAGAGUCACCAGGAGCAUAUCCACCAGGCUUUCUUUCCAUUUCGAUCCCUCGAGAGAUUCGCUAAGGAAUACAGAGAUCAAUAUGAUAAACUCUAUCCACUGAGACCCCCUACACCAGAGGCUGCUCCUGCUCCUCCACAGCCUCCUCCUCCACCUCCACCUCCUCCUCCUCCUCCACCCCAAAGAGCUCCCACACCAAAUAUUCCGGUCUCUGCUGCUUCACUCACACCCCCAACUGUACAUACCCCACAGCCACAAGUUCAAAUGGCACAAAUUUCCAUGCCAAUGGAUUUGCCCCUUUUCUCGCCGCUCAUGAUGCAGUCCAUGUCUCUCCAGUCCUUGCCUCCUCAGCUACAAUCUGUUGAGCCAAGCUUGGCCUCAGACCUGGCACAGCUCUAUCAACAACAGCUUACACCAGCCAUGCUACAGCAGCAGCAGAACAAGAGGCCACGGACGCGCAUCACAGAUGACCAGCUUAGGGUCCUGCGACAGUACUUUGAUAUCAACAAUUCACCAAAUGAGGAACAGAUUAAGGAGAUGGCAGACAAGUCAGGGCUUCCACAAAAAGUCAUAAAGCACUGGUUUAGAAACACCCUUUUUAAAGAGCGACAGCGCAACAAAGACUCGCCUUACAAUUUCAAUAAUCCACCAACGACAACUUUAGAAGACACAAAAAUUGACUCUAAACCUCCUUCCCCUGAACCUCUGAAACAAGAAUUUUAUGGAAGUAAGAGAUCAUCAAGGACUAGAUUUACUGACUACCAGCUAAGAGUGCUACAAGACUUCUUUGAUGCCAAUGCUUAUCCUAAAGAUGAUGAAUUUGAACAGCUCUCCAACCUUCUGAGCCUCCCCACUCGUGUUAUUGUUGUGUGGUUCCAAAAUGCUCGCCAGAAGGCAAGGAAAAAUUAUGAAAACCAGGGUGAAGGGGCAAAGGAAGGUGAAAGACGAGAAUUGUCAAAUGACCGCUAUAUACGCACCUCAAAUCUGAACUACCAAUGCAAGAAAUGCAGUCUGGUUUUCCAGCGUAUAUUUGAUCUAAUAAAACACCAAAAGAAGCUGUGUUACAAAGAUGAAGAUGAAGAUGGACAAUAUGACAGCCAAAAUGAGGAUUCAGUGGAUUAUCCCAAUGACUGUUAUACUCCCUCUGGGUCUUCCUGUCACACCCCAAUGCCCUCCUCUUCAAGUCUCUGCCCACUUCCACCCUCCACUUCCGCAUUCUCACACCUCCCAUCCACUGAGAAAGAGGAGGCAUCACCAGCAUCCACCUCAAACCUCUAUGAUGAGAAGCCCAAGCAAUUACCAGAAAUUUCUGCUGAUCCACGAGAAAACCAAACCUCUAUUAAGCAGGAAGUUGUGCAUCAACCACAGUCUGAUGCACAACACCAUAGACCCCAGAGAGAAGAGAAGAUUCAAUCUAUUUCCAAGCCCAUCAAACAUUCAUCUCCCUCCUUCUCUCAGCAACAGCAACAGUGUGGUCCCUCAGCCUCUCAGACAAGCCAGGCCUCAUCGCAAAGCCCUCACAUGAGCCUCAAUGCACACCUGACCACCCAACAACUGGCACAACAGAUGAUCCCGUAUCAGUGCGAGCAAUGCAAGAUUGGCUUCCCUUCCUUUGAGCACUGGCAAGAACACCAGCAAUUACACUUCCUUUCUGUGCAAAAUCAAUUCAUCCACCCUCAAUUCCUAGACCGUCCAAUUGAUAUGUCUUUCAUGCUAUUUGAUCCCAGCAAUCCUCUCCUGGCAAGUCAGCUACUCUCUGGGGCAAUGCCACAGAUUCCCAGCAGCUCUGCCACCUCACCGUCCACCCCUACCUCCACCAUGAACUCCCUGAAGAGGAAGUUAGAGGAAAAAGCUGGCACUAGCCCAGGAGAGAACGACAGCACAAAUAGUGGAGAAGAGCCACAGAGAGACAAGCGGCUCAGAACCACCAUCACACCGGAGCAGUUAGAGGUCCUUUAUCAGAAGUAUUUAUUAGAUUCAAAUCCUACACGUAAAAUGCUUGACCACAUUGCUCAUGAGGUGGGAUUAAAAAAGAGAGUAGUGCAAGUCUGGUUCCAAAAUACCAGAGCCAGAGAGAGAAAAGGUCAGUUUAGAGCAGUAGGGCCAGCUCAAGCACAUCGUAGGUGCCCUUUCUGUCGAGCUCUUUUUAAAGCGAAAACUGCCCUUGAGGCACACAUUCGCUCUCGUCACUGGCAUGAAGCCAAACGUGCUGGAUAUAAUUUAGCUCUUGCUGGUAUGUUACCUGACCAGGAGGGUAUGCAAAUAAAGAUAGAUGCUCUAGAGACCGCAAGUUACUCCCAAUUGGCCCCAACAAACAGUGAUGGACAAAGCUCCUCCAUGUCACCAGUAAACAAAAGCAUGGAUUUGUCUCCCAGGGCUCUACUGAGCCCCUCGUCCAUUAAAGUUGAGGGAAUGGAAGAUUUUGAGAGCGCAACCGUGUCCUCUGUAAACCUCAGCUUUGAUCACAGCAAACUGGAUAAUGAUGACUGCUCUUCUGUGAACACAGCCAUCACUGACACAACCACAGGUGAUGAGGCCAAUGCUGAUAAUGACAGUGCUGAUGCAAAACACAGCCAAAAUAGCGGUGAUUACCUGUCUAAGUCUGGGGGCACAGCCCCAAACCUUGAAACUGAUGACCAGAUGUCCUCAGGGCUGGUAAGCCCUGCAACAAGCUAUUAUGCUAAGGACUUUGAGAAUGAACAUAUCAUUGAUCACAGUGAGACGUCCAGCCUGGCUGACCCAUGCUCACCAAGUCCCGGAGCCUCAGGUACCAGGAGCAUCGACAGCGGAGAUCGACCUGGCCAAAAGCGCUUCCGAACCCAGAUGACUAACCUCCAGCUGAAAGUGUUGAAAUCCUGUUUUAAUGACUACAGGACUCCCACUAUGCUGGAAUGUGAGGUACUUGGCAAUGACAUUGGACUUCCAAAGAGAGUGGUUCAGGUGUGGUUUCAAAAUGCCCGUGCCAAGGAGAAAAAGGCAAAGCUCAACAUGGCCAAGCACUUCGGAAUAAAUCAGACAUCCUACGAGGGGCCGAAGACUGAAUGCACUUUGUGUGGUGUCAAGUACAGUGCUCGCCUCUCUGUUCGUGAUCACAUUUUCUCCCAGCAACACAUCUCUAAGGUGAAGGAUACCAUUGGCAGCCAGAUCGAUAAGGAAAAAGAAUACUUUGACCCCGCCACUGUCCGGCAACUUAUGGCCCAGCAAGAGAUGGACCGCAUUAAGAAGGCCAAUGAAGUUUUAGGAUUGGCACAGCAGCAGGCCAUGCAGCAACAGGGUUUGUUUGAUAACCCUGCAAUGCAGGCUCUGAAUCUCCAGUCAGCUUAUCCAAAUCUGCAAGGCAUCCCAUCUGUCCUGUUGCCAGGGGUUGGCAGCCCCUCUCUUUCCAGCUUUAACUCAUCUAAUUCAGCUUUAACUCCUCCAAAACCUUCAAACCUCCUGAACAUGCCUGGUGCCAGUGUUCCCUCACCUAGCCUCCCUACAUCUGGAUUACCCAACAAGCCUCCCUCCUCAUCGUAUCUUGCUGCAUCCAGCCCAGCCCAGACCAACACGUCUGCUUCCCACUCAAGCCCCACCUCCACAUCCAACUCCACUUCCUCAACCUCGCAGUCCAGCUCCCGGCCUGAACCCCCCAAAGAACGUGAUGUUGACAAGGUAAGAGAGAAGGAGAAGUCCAAGGAAAAGACAGAGAAGCCCUCAACCCCAUCGUCAACUGGAAGCACGCCUGCCCCUUCAACUUCUGCUGCCAGCGCCAAGAAGGAGAAACCAGACACAGCUGUACCUGCCACCUCAAUGCCCACACCUGGCAUGGAGUAUGUGGUAGACCCUGCCCAGCUUCAGGCGCUGCAGGCUGCUUUGGCGUCAGACCCUACAGCUCUCCUCACAAACCAGUUCCUGCCAUACUUUAUGCCUGGCUUUUCCCCGUAUUACUCCCCACAGAUCCCCGGGGCUCUCCAAGGGGGCUACCUGCAACCUAUGUAUGGUAUGGAAAGUCUCUUCCCUUACAACCCAGCAUUGUCACAAGCACUGAUGGGCCUGUCUCCAGGGUCCCUGCUGCAGCAUUACCAGCAAUAUCAGCAGAGCUUGCAGGAGGCACUACAGCAGCAGCAGCGGCAGCUUCAGCAGAUCCAGCAACCCAAGGCGAGCCAAACUCCUGUUCCCCCUCAAUCCUUGGGGGAUCGCAAAGAAUCUGCCAAAGAUCCAGUGAAAACAGAGGAGCGAAAGGGCAAACCCCAUAGUGAACCGCCCACUUUCUCCAGCUCCUCUCAUAAUAAAGUACCCUCUGAGCAGAAAGAGAUGGAUGGCAAAGCUGUGGACCCCCAUCUAGACCAGUACAUCGUCCCCAAGGUGCAGUGUAAACUGGCAUGCCGCAAGUGUCAAACCGUUUUCACCAAGGAAGAAGCGGCUAUUACCCACAUUAAAUCAAACUGUUUUUUUGGUCAGUCUGUGGCUAACCUGCAAGAGAUGUUGCUGCGUGUCCCUGGUGGCGUAGGUGCAGGGGCUGGAAGUCUCUACGACUGCCUGGCUUGUGACACUACGUUGGAUGGGGAGAAAGCACUCAGUCAACACCUGGAAUCGGCAUUGCACAAACACAGAACAAUCAAGCGAUCAGCCAGAAAUGCCAAAGAGCACGCUACUAGUUUAUUACCUCACUCUUCAGCCUGCUUCCCCAAUCCUAACACCGCAUCUACCUCGCAGUCUGCCACUCAUCCCAUCAGCAACCCCCCUCCCCCGCCAACAACAUCAGCCACCAUGCCAUCCUCUGCUGUCUCCUCUUCCCUGUGCUCCACCUCUACCACCCCACUCAACACCACAGCUGCCGGGAAACCAUGGCCCCAGGCCCCUUUCUCCAGAGCUUUAGCUGGGAAGCCCAAUGCCAGUCCCUCCUCUUCUUCCUCCUCUUUUCCUCCAAUGUCCUCACCUUCAACGGUUACCUCAAGUUCAUUGAGCACCUCAGGAGUUCAGACCUCGAUACCAACAGACGUCUUUACCGACGAGUCUGACUCUGACAGCAGUCAGAAGUCAGCAGAAAGGCUUGGCAGGACGGCGGAGGAGCCGCAGCAGCCUGGCUUUGUCAAAGACAGUAGUAGAUGUAGUAAACUUGCUAGUGUAGGAACAGACUCCAUCAGAUUGUAAAAGAGCUUUCAGUGAUGGACAAUAUUUAAAAAAAAAACACACAAAAAAAGACAAAAAAAAUCACAAAUGGAAAAAACAUAAAAAGCAGCAAUGUUAAAAAUACAUUAAAAGUAUACAAACCAAUUUCAGAAAAAGAUGUGUAAAGACUAACUGCAAUUCCAAAGCUUGUAACCAAAAAUUUAAAUGUUAGUGGAUUGUUUUCCCAUAUCAACAUGCUGGUUUUCGUUUUGUUUUUUUAUUUUUGUUUUACUCAACUGAAAUACAUGCAUACUAAUAUAUGAGAAUAGAAAAGAUCGCUGCAGUGAUGUUUUGGGUAAUGUUAGAGGAAUGCUGUACUGUAUGGCAAUGGACUGCCUCAAAGUUGACAAAUGGCCCAAGAACCUGUUUGAAGAAAUACGAGUCAACAAGCUGUCCCUUUGUUUUGUAAUAAUUUCUACUUAAUAGCACAGUCACAAAAAGCCAGUAUGUACUGUAUGGGAGAAUAGUCUAUCAGUUUUCUUGCUAUUUAAGCAUUCAGAAAAUGGCUUGCAAAAGUAAAAGAAUAAUGUAAUGUCUAUUUUAUUCUCAGGUCAACAGGUCACAGAAGUUUUUUUUCUGUUACAGAAAUCCAUGUUUUACACCUUUUGUUUCCAACAGGAGAUAUGCAUUUUUUUUUCUUUCAGAACUUGAUUUAAUAACAAAGUUUUAAGUUGAAUGAAAUUUUAAUAAGGCAUUGUUUCUGGGCAUUCAAAAAGGGUAAAUGAUUUACUGAUUUUAACAUUGGAAAUCCUUCUAAAGGGGGAGGGGAGGGAUCGCAAUCCCAUCAUACCCAGACAAGGAGAGCAUUGCAGACAUAAUGGGCGAUAAAAAGAGUUUUGAUUGAAAAAAACAACCUUCUGUAUUUAUGAUAGAUAUGAACAUUUUUGGUGUUAAGUAGAUUGUUGCAUUGGAAAUGAAUUUAAACAUUAUGGUAGGUUGAAAAAAAAAACUUUGUGUACAUUUAGCUUUUGUAUUGUUCAACUUUAAGACGCUUCAUUUGAUGUUGUCUUGGUCAUUCCGAUAGACUAGGUUAUGGACAGGUAAUUUAUCUCAGCUUUAUUUCUGUCUUAUUCUCAAAUCUUUGGGAAAAUGUUCACCCAAAUGCCCCUCCUGACAAGGCAGGAUCCUCUUUUAGAAUUAUUUAAAUUUUAUGUUUUGGUUGGUAUUGCGCUAACCAAAACAAAAAUGAUCCUGGGUGAAAUAUUGAAAGUUUUAUUUUAUUUAAUUUUGUGUUACCUUUGUGCACUUAUCAUUGUCUGACUCCUAUUUCUCACUCUACUUGUUCCUCUCUUCGCACUUAUUUUUCUCUGAUCUCCUGUGUUUGUAGAUAUGUACACUACAAAGCAGGUCUUUUGUUUUUCAUGUAGUGUGGCUACAGUAUUUAUUUUCAUUUUGACAUUUUUGUUGUCAUAAAUGAAAAUGAAAAAAGAAUACUAAUAAUAAUUCUCACGCUUUAAGACAAAAAGAAAAUCCAAAGACUAAACACUUUUCACCAUUGGUGCAUAAAUAUGAGAAAAGAGGCUUCUUUAUACUUGAGAAUUUGUUGCUGUUUUUAGAGGAAAGAAAACAAAGUUUUAAAAGAUAAAGGAGUACGCAUCAGAGUUGCCGUUUUUGCUUCUUUGCAAGCAAACAGGUGGCUUUUUUACGUAAAUACCAAAAACCAAAAAGGGCCCUUGUCCUUGCAUUGUGGAGUAGCACCGUUACAGAGCCAUUGCAGUUUGUAAGAUAGAGGUUAUUCAUCUUUUUUUGACUUUUUUGUCACAUUAAAAUGUCCAUUUUUUUUAAAGAAAAUGUAUAAGGUCUGGUCUUCAAGGACAUACGUUUUGCUGCUAAUGUAGAAUUUUGAAAGGAAAAAAAAGUACCUAGAUGCAUGCUCAUUUUGCUUUUGGCUAAGCUUUAACUAAAACAAACAAUACACCAAUUUCUUGCCUCUGCAACACCUUUUUGUUCUUGUUGCAAAAACGGAACUUUGAAGACUGUGAAUAUAUGUUCCAAAGGACAUUUUGCUGAUUUUCUUUUUGAACAGACCAAUGUUUAAAGCCAAUGAUCUAUAACGUUUGUAAAGAACAGUGCAUUCCAAAUAUCACAAUGGAUUUUUCUUAAGCAAGGACUGAUCCUAUUUCAUUUAAUUGCUUUUAAUUCUCACAAUCUAUUUUUUCUCAUUUUUAAAGUGACUGUAAACUGUUGUGUAAUUCUUUUGCAUCAUUGUUUGCUGAACAACGUGACCUCCAUAUGUCAUUUUGUGCUGGCAUGGAACAUUGCUGAACAUCCCUCCAUCCAGUUAAGGUUGUAUCGUACUUGUUAAGGCAAGUAAUAGUGGUUACCAAAAAAUGUAUAUAAUACAUCUGGUACUGAUGCGUCUCAUAGGUUUAGUAACAUUUAUGCCAGUCAACAUACAACUAGCCUCAGAGGGAAAUGAUGGCGGUUUUGCUGAGGUGUGGUUGCCCCAUUCCUGGGAAAUCCACCAGUGACAUGUCCCAUGUGUCUGCAGGGUGCCACUUCCACACAUAGAUUACAGGUUUUAAAGGGACAUCUUCAUUCCAAAGCAUUAUUUCUGGAAAAAGUAGGAGGUUUUUUGAAGAUGUCCCUUGAUUUCAAAUAGCAAGGAUGCUUUCAUGUCCAAAGAAGUCACCAACUUAAUUGUAUUGCAAUGGAAAUGGAUGAGCAUAGGUAACCCCACCCUCUCACUGACGAUCCAAUGAACUAAAACUUUUAUUUUCAAAACCAAAACCAAUACAUAUUGAAAUUUGAAAAAGUACUUUUUGGCCACUAUUGCGUAGUCAAUAUAUUCGCCCUAAUGAAUACAAGGCACAUCUCAGAGGUGUGUUUAAAGUGCUUUGUCUUGCAGAGCAAUGUGAUUUGGUUGUAAUUCUACAGCAUGCUGUUAAAAAGUAAGGAUAUUUGGUCUGGAAGCUUGCUACUUCUCUAAAGUCCAGUUCCCUGAAAUACUGUUCAUGUACUUUCUUAUUUUGGAAAAUUCUUAAGUUGUACAGUUUUCUCAAAUAUGUUUGCUUUAUUUUAUUUUCAGACAAUGUCAGACAUGUAUUAUUUUCUUAUAAGUCUUUGUAUUUUAGUUUGUGUAUAUGACUUUUUAUCAUAAAUUAACACUAGCUUUAAUUUGAAUUGUUGAAAUUAUGAAACAAAAAAUAUGACCUGGCCACUUUAUGGUAUGAUAAUGUUCUUUAUAUUCAUUGUCUUGAGAAUACUUUUUGCUUUCUUAUUUUCAAAGUGUAAUCUUUUGGGCUCUUUUGUGGAAGACAGCGUUGAGGUCUCUACAUCAGAUUCAGCCAGCAUGGACUGUGUGUGUGUGUGUGUGUGUGUCUAUCUGUGUGUCUGUCUGUGUGUGUGUGUGUGUGUGUGUCUGUGUGUCUGUGUGUUUCAUAAGAGUCAGCAUCAAUUUAAUUUCUUCUUGUUUGCCUUUUAUUUUUUUAAUAUGUUACACACCAAAACAAACUGAACCACAAAGCUGGAUUAUGAAUAACUGAAAUUUAGAACAUCCAAUUUUAAAUUAAUGAUCAGAAACGAUACCGAAGCACUGAGCAGUUUUUACUUUGAUUGAAUUCAUGAAUGUGGCCAAAGCUUUAUGCAGUUGAUACACAAAGAAAAAAAGUUACAAGUUGUGCUCCAGACAAGUGUAUAUUUUAUUGUGGCACAAAACGCUAUUGUGGAUAAUUGGAUCCACUGACGUACAUUGGGAUACUUGAUUUUGAUGGACACUUACAAAGAGAGAGAUGAAGACAAGGUUUUGCUGUAGAGGUCAUCUUUUGCCCACUGUGAAAAUGAGUGUGUACCUGUAUACAGAUAUAGAUAUAUUUAAAACAAGACAUCAACUUUUGUUUUUGUUUUUUUCGAGAUGAAGAAGGAAUGAAAAGAGAAAAAAAGGACUCUGGGAAGCUUUGGAGAUCUCGUUAAGAGGACAUGAGAGGUUGUGGGCACACCAAAACUGGACAUGGGAGCCAAAGGCAGGCUCAAAACAGCUUUAAAACCCCCUUCUUAUUUGAUUACUGACAACUCUGUAAUGGGAAUGGACUCUGGAACAAUGGACAUGUGUGACACAGAGAGGAAAGUCCUUAGGUGAAACUGAACUUAAGUGGCUCCAGCCUCUUUCUCCUUUCUGUCUGUCUAUUUCUUUCUCCAGCUCUGCCUCUGCUUCUGCUCUUUGAUGGACAUUUUCCAAAUUUCAGGACAGGAUGGACAGACAUGCUUGCUUCAUUUCUCCCAGUUCAUGUUGCUACCCGUUUCAUUUCCUUGUGCUUGUCUCUAGUUGACAAGUUAAGCUCUCUAGUCAAAUGGCGGCUCACCCCUCUCUCUGUUGAUUACAUAAUCUAAAAAGAGAAAUUAAUAACAGAGAGCGGGGACGGGUUCUCAAAGCUUUCAUUCUUAAAGAGGCAGUUACACUAAAAAAGCGUAUUAACCAAAAUUAACAACCAAACUAACAACCAAACAACCAUUUGCUCCAACUUCAAAGAUGAACUGUUACUUGGAGCUCUCUGUUUCUUUUGUGACUUCUGGUGCCACAAUGUUUUUUUAUGCUUUUAGUUUUUCUUUUUGUUUCCUUGAAUUACUCCUCCUUUGAGCCUCAUAAGCAUGGCUCUGUGGCUCCAGGCAGCCCAUCCGAGGGUAGAAAAAAACAGCCUUGCAAUGUACAAAAAAGAGCAAGUUAAACCAAAAAUGUUGUUCUUGAUGUCUUUUCUAUACUGUAGUCUUGUUAGCUUUUUUGUUACUGUAAUUAUAUGAUGAAGAUUUCCAAACUGUACCAAAUUACAUGGAAACUAACAUACAUACAACCACAUGGAACUUCAGACUUUUAAAGAAACUUUUGUCACAAAACCUUGUUGUCCUAGUUAAGUUGAUUGUAGAUGGUAAUUGAAUAUACUCCUUUGAAAAUAUUUCAUCAAGUAUGUUUCUUGCUCAUUGUGAUACAUUAAAAAAGUAUGAGCAUAAA